GGAAGUGGUUUGUCAGAGGAUGGCGUUCCUUGAGACUAAGAGUUUGCUAGAGGAAUUACGGUAGAUUGAUAUGUCAUUCCAAAAUUUGAGUGUCUGAAUGGUCGGUUCCCUGUGCGCGUUCCGCAAUUCCUGUAUCCCGCAUUAUCCUGCAAAUCAUGCAGUCCUGGAAUAAACACGCAUGCCUUCCAACAACUAGUAAAUACGACAUUGGCUGGAACUCAUGACUGAUAUGGCAAUGCAUAAGUCAUUUCGAAUAACCGUAGAACCUUUCAUGUUUUUAUGCAUGAAGGCAUUCUUCCUAAAUCUGGUUGCUCUUCCACAAUUAAUCCUGGAUAAUGUCUGUAUAAAAAAGCACAAUGAAACUAAAUGCGCAGCCAUGCUAACUGGGGCAUUCAAGACAGAAUACGACAUGGUGCAAGAGGAUGCAACAUUUUGGUUCGCUGGUGUCAUGGUCAUUGCUACCUUCAUCACAGUUUUGACCUUGCCUUUUGUUGCUACUCUUUCUGAUGAAUUUGGACGUCGCAGAAUAAUGUUUCUCACCCCUUUGUCGCAGCUGAUCCAAUGCCUUGCGUUUCUUUUAAUCGUAAGCAAGGACAUUCGCUUCCCAACCUGGCUAAUUUUAAUCGCAGGGCCCAUUCCAGGGCUAGUGGGUGAUGUGAGUAGUCUAUACGUUUUUACGCAUGCAUACAUUGCAGAUAUAACAACAGAGAAACAAAGGACAAUGCGCAUUAAUCUCCUCGAAGCUGCCUCUCUAUCUGCUGGUUUAUGUGCAACGGUCUCGAGUGGGCAUAUAAUUCAAAGGUUCGGUUAUGUUGGUAUUUUUGUUACCAGUACUGGACUACUGGUUUUGGCUAUUAUAUACUUGAUAGUUGUGGUGAAGCCUGUUGAAUCGGUUGCAGAAAAAAUCGAGGGAAAAAGAGAGUUGGAUAUUCCUAACCAGGAAUGCGAUCUUGUCCAAGAGGGGAAUCUACUCGAUGAUGGAAAAGUAAAUAUGGCAUGUAUAGAAUCAAAAACAGACACUAUUGAGAAAACCGAAGACAAAGUUUUCUUUAUCGAUGCUUCCAAAAGUCUUUCCAACAAUAAUCAUGAAGAAAAUAUUGAAAAUUCCGCUACGAGAAUAGAACACAGCGCUAACCAAGACAUCCAAGCACCCCAGAGCAAACUGUCAAGGCAAGAUGGGAGGCUUCAAAGAACAACGAAUAGGCUUUUGAAAAUCAUUAAAAAGUCAAACCCACUCACAAGUGUAAAAAGAGUGAUUAAAGUGCUGAAGGAACAGGGACAAUUGAAAAGGGGCCUCACAUUGUUUCUCCUAAUGUCAUUUGGGGCAUUUUCUUACUCAGGAGAAAUGGCAAUUAUUGUACUUUAUCUGAAGAACCACCCAUAUUUCCUGACCCCACAGAAAAUCGGGUAUUUUCUUGCUUUUGAGAGUGCAUUACUUGCAAUUGUAGGUCUUGUGUGCUGGAACUAUCUGCUAACAAGAAUCAUUAAAAUCAGCGACGUUGGUAUGCUGUUGGUGACGUCAUUUUCUGCAUUGGCCUACUAUGUGCUUCUUGGCUUUUCAAACUCAAUAACGAUGCUUUAUCUAAUCCAAAUACUGCACUCGGUCUCAACUCUGAAUGUUUCAACAAUCAGAGCAAUGAUUUCUAAAGUGACAACUCCCUCAGCUAUUGGCCUAAUGUACGCAGCCCUUCUCGUCGUUGAAACCGCCUCUAUUCUCAUUGGUUCCAUCGUCACCCCACUCACCUAUGCUCUUGUUGCUGCGGUACAUCCGGGAGCAGCAUUCUUCAUGAAUGCGGUAUCAUGUUGACAAGUCUGUGCAUUUCUAUCAGUCUAGUGUAUGUACAGCACACAGCAAAGCAACCGGAC